ACUGUCAAAAUUUUCACACACGAUUUUUUAAUGGCGUCUCUCGCAUCAUCGCAAAGACCGACGUCGUUUUUGUUCCGGCUUUAGCGGUCAGUUUUGCCGUGGGUUCUGUGAAGCAAAUAGUGUAAAUUUCAUCGGAACACGAUCGCCCACUCGACAAUCGCCACCAUUGGUCCCCAACGCGGCUUCGUUUGUAGUGUUUUAGUUUCUCCUUUAGUUUCAUUCCCUAAAGAUGGAUGUGCCCCCAAAUGAUAUAGAGCUUCGGAACAUCAUCGACAAGCUCGCGGAAUUCGUUGCCCGGAACGGACCCGAGUUCGAGUCGAUGACCAAAACGAAACAGAAGGGGAACGCUAAGUUUGCUUUUCUGUACGGCGGAGAAUACUACAAUUACUACCAGUACAAAGUGGCCACCAAGCAGCAAGCUCUAAUGAAGCAACAAGGCGGUGGAAUGAAUCCUUUUAAUCAGCAACAGAACCAACAGUCACAAAACAGCAAUCAGAUGCCUCAAAUAUGGUCGAACCCUCCACCGGGUCCUCAAGUGGCACCGCAGCAGCCACCACCGCAACCGGCCAUCAAUGCCCAAAUAGCGGCCCAGAUCGAGGCCAUCACGACGCAGCAGAACGCCCUGCGGGAACAGAUCCGCCAGUCGGACAUUAAUCUUCAGGCGCAGCAUGGGGUUCUGCUCCAGCAGCAGCAGGUCCAGAUUGACGAAGCCGUAACACGGGCCCAGAACGAUGCCCUCGUGAAGCAAUCGGACGAGCACAAAAUUUCGCUCAGCGAUUUCGACGCCAUCCUGCAACCGAUCAUCGAUUCGUGCACCAAGGACAGCAUAUCGAACGGAAAAGGCUGGAUUUUACAGCAUUGUACCGAUUCGGGAAAAUGUCAAAUUAUUUCGCAGUAUCUUUUGAGAAAGGCGUUAAUUGCUGGAGUUUUGUUUGCGCAAAAGUUACAUCUCAUAUAUUUAGUAAAUGAUGUAAUCCACCACUGCAUCCGGAAGCGUAACGACGAGCUCAAGAAGUGCUUGGAGGGGGCCGUCAUUCCAAUGUUCUGCAACGCCCAAAUAACGACGGCCACCGACGAGCAGCGCGCCAAGCUGACCAAGCUGCUCUCGCUGUGGGAAUCCAAGGGCAACUUCUUCGACGCGUGCGUCAUCUCGAAGCUCAAAUCGCCGCCGUCCUCGCUGCAGGAGUACCAGAACAGCUUGCUGACGCAGUACGCCGCCAUCGUGGCCCAGAUCACCCAGGCCACCAAGAGCACCUUCGACAACUAUCAACAGCAGCACCAGGCGUUUGUUCAGCACGCGACCCAGCAGUUGGCCCUCCUCGAAAAGCAGAAGCAACAAAUUGAGCAGCAAGCGAUCAAGGCGGCGAUCGCUGCCCAGCAGCAGCAACAACAGCAACAAACUCCAGUGCCGUUACUUCCGGAGCUGUCCGGGGCUGGUGUUGGUGGUGCUAACUCAAACAAUGGCAACCCACUGCUGGGUGGUGGCCGAGGUGGAAGCGAUCGCGACGGGUCGAUUCCAUCGCUGCUUGAUCAGAACAUCAACUACAACAUGAUAUCCGGUGCUAUUCAGAACCUGCAACAGCAGCAGGGUAGAGAUCGGGACAACGGAGGAGGGGGAAGCGAUAAUCGGAGCGGUAGCUAUUCGCACUCUAACGACUCCGGCGAUGGCAACAACAACGGUGACUACUCGCAUCCGCCGCCCAACUUCCCAAUUCCGGACAUGUCGAGACCGCCGCCCUACAUGCAUCAACAGCAGCAGCAGUCUCAAUUUCCAGCCUACGACGAUGACAUCGUAGAUCGGCGCAACGAGUUUGACGAUCCGCCGAUGGAUGACGACGAACGCCGCCAUCACAACGAGGACGAAGGGGGUGAGGACGACGAAGAUGGCCAUCUUCGGCACCUCCACCCGGACGACGAUCAGCAGCCGGACUUCGCCGAGGAAAAACCACGCUCGCCAAGUCCGCAGCCGGUGCAGCCCUCGAUUCCGUACUUUGAACUGCCCGCUGGUCUCAUGGUCCCGCUCAUCAGACUCGAGGACUUCAACUACCAUCCACUGGAGCCGGAAGAGAUUCGUCUUCCACCCCCCGCUCCCCCCAACGAACGACUACUGUCCGCCGUGGAAGCGUUCUACGCACCUCCAAGCCACGAGCGGCCGCGCGAUGGCGAAGGUUGGGAAAAGCUUGCCCUGUACGAGUACUUCAAGGUGAAGAACGCGUCGCGCAAGCAAAAGGAAGAGGAAUUGGAGAGUGGCACGCGCGAACGCUCCCGCUCCCCAACUCCCAUCGAUCCGGACUGGCUGAAGGCCACCAAGAAGCCGAAAAAGCGUGUCUAUCGCUCGCGGAGUCGGUCCAAGUCGAGAGAACCCUCGCCCCGGGCACGCUCUCCACCGAUGAUGCGGCGCCGGUCCAGAAGUCGUUCACGAUCCCCACGACGAGGUCGCAACCGAAGCCCGCGAUCCCCAAUCCGACGAGAUCGACGCUCGCUAACUCCGCCCAGCUUCGGCGGGGGUGGCUUUGGAAGCAAAUCGAGCGGAAAUCCACUGCUGAUGGAAGACAAAGUUCCGCAACAGCAGCAGCAGCAGCAUCAACAGCAGCUGCCUAUGAUGAAGAUGGGUGGUGGUGGUGGUGGUGGCGGCGGCAUGGGGAUGUCUGCGGGUCCCGUUGGUGGAGAGGUUUGGGGCGGCCACGAUCGGGAAGGGUUGGGAUCGUACGGGGCGAGGAACUCGGAUCCGUACGAGAGCUUCCGAAAAAACAAGGGAGCGGCAUUUAUCACACGCAUGAAAACGCAAACGGACAGAUAAAAGGGAUUUUCUUUUUGCAGAAUUGGUACACACGAACGCUGGAUUCGUGGAUUUUAAGCAUUGGCGAUAAAUAGUGACUAGAGGUGGAAAAUCCUUAAUAAAUGAUGUAAAUGAAUUGAAAA